GGCCCCGCUGCCUUCCCCCAGUGCAGCCCCCGCGGAGACGCCCCCCGUGGCCGGGCCUCCCGCCGGGCCCCCGCGUCCUUCCCCCGGGCCCGUGCGCGAGGGGCGGCCCCGGCAUGAGCAGCGCCCGGAACAACCGCGUGAUGGUGGAGGGGGUCGGGGCCCGGGUGGUGCGGGGCCCGGACUGGAAGUGGGGGAAGCAGGACGGCGGCGAGGGCCACGUGGGCACCGUGCGCAGCUUCGAGAGCCCGGAGGAGGUGGUGGUGGUUUGGGACAACGGCACCGCGGCCAAUUACCGCUGCUCCGGGGCCUACGACCUGCGCAUCCUGGACAGCGCGCCCACCGGUAUCAAGCAUGAUGGAACUAUGUGUGAUACUUGUCGACAGCAACCAAUCAUUGGCAUCAGAUGGAAAUGUGCUGAAUGCACAAAUUAUGAUUUAUGCACAGUCUGUUAUCAUGGGGACAAACAUCACCUGAGGCAUCGUUUUUAUAGAAUAACCACACCAGGAAGUGAAAGGGUGCUGUUAGAGUCUCGUCGUAAAUCAAAGAAAAUUACAGCAAGAGGAAUCUUUGCAGGUGCCAGGGUGGUACGAGGAGUUGAUUGGCAAUGGGAAGAUCAAGAUGGUGGCAAUGGACGUAGGGGGAAGGUAACUGAAAUCCAGGACUGGAGUGCAUCAAGCCCACACAGUGCAGCAUAUGUUCUAUGGGACAAUGGCGCUAAAAAUCUUUACAGAGUUGGCUUCGAGGGCAUGUCUGACCUGAAAUGUGUUCAGGAUGCCAAAGGAGGCUCUUUCUACAGGGACCACUGUCCUGUGCUAGGUGAGCAAAAUGGUAACCGGAAUCCUGGUGGGCUGCAGAUUGGUGAUCUGGUAAACAUUGACCUUGAUUUAGAAAUUGUACAGUCUUUGCAGCAUGGUCAUGGGGGAUGGACUGAUGGCAUGUUUGAGACCUUAACCACCACUGGCACAGUUUGUGGCAUUGAUGAAGAUCAUGACAUAGUAGUACAGUAUCCAAGCGGCAACAGGUGGACAUUUAAUCCAGCUGUUCUCACCAAAGCCAAUGUUGUCCGAAGUGGAGAUGCUGCCCAAGGUGCAGAAGGAGGUACCUCACAGUUUCAAGUGGGUGACCUUGUUCAAGUUUGUUAUGAUUUAGAACGAAUCAAGCUUCUUCAAAGAGGUCAUGGAGAAUGGGCUGAAGCAAUGCUCCCUACUUUAGGUAAAGUUGGCCGGGUCCAGCAGAUUUAUUCAGACAGUGACUUAAAGGUAGAAGUUUGUGGGACUUCUUGGACAUACAAUCCAGCAGCUGUCUCAAAGGUGGCAUCAGCAGGAUCAGCUAUAAGCAAUGCAUCUGGUGAGAGAUUGUCCCAACUUUUGAAGAAACUGUUCGAAACACAAGAAUCUGGGGACCUCAAUGAAGAACUUGUUAAAGCUGCUGCUAAUGGAGAUGUAGCUAAAGUGGAAGAUUUGCUAAAGAGACCAGAUGUGGAUGUGAACGGGCAGUGUGCUGGACACACAGCUAUGCAAGCAGCCAGUCAGAAUGGACAUGUUGACAUUUUGAAAUUACUUCUGAAACAGAACGUGGAUGUGGAAGCGGAGGACAAAGAUGGAGACAGGGCUGUUCACCACGCAGCUUUUGGAGAUGAAGGUGCUGUGAUAGAGGUUUUGCACAGAGGCAGUGCAGAUUUGAAUGCUCGCAACAAACGCAGACAGACUCCACUUCAUAUUGCUGUUAACAAAGGUCAUUUACAAGUUGUGAAGACUUUACUGGAUUUUGGCUGUCAUCCUAGUCUCCAGGAUUCUGAAGGUGACACUCCGCUCCAUGAUGCGAUAAGUAAAAAGCGUGAUGACAUCCUGGCUGUACUGUUAGAAGCUGGGGCAGAUGUUACUAUUACAAACAACAAUGGAUUUAAUGCUCUCCAUCAUGCUGCACUAAGAGGGAAUCCCAGUGCAAUGCGUGUAUUGCUGUCCAAGCUACCACGGCCAUGGAUUGUGGAUGAGAAGAAGGAUGACGGCUAUACUGCCUUACAUUUGGCAGCACUCAAUAAUCACGUGGAAGUGGCUGAACUCUUGGUGCAUCAGGGCAAUGCUAACCUGGAUAUCCAGAAUGUAAACCAGCAAACUGCACUGCACCUUGCCGUUGAACGACAGCACACACAAAUAGUUAGGCUCUUAGUCCGUGCAGGUGCUAAACUGGAUAUUCAGGAUAAAGAUGGGGAUACUCCCCUACAUGAAGCCCUGAGGCAUCAUACUUUGUCACAGCUUCGCCAGCUCCAAGACAUGCAAGAUGUGGGCAAGGUAGAUACUGCUUGGGAGCCAUCAAAGAACACAUUAAUAAUGGGACUUGGUACCCAGGGAGCAGAGAAGAAGAGUGCAGCAUCUAUUGCCUGCUUUCUGGCAGCAAACGGAGCUGAUCUCAGUAUUCGUAAUAAGAAGGGUCAGUCUCCUCUUGACCUCUGCCCCGAUCCUAGUCUCUGCAAAGCAUUGGCUAAAUGUCACAAAGAAAAAGUCAGUGGGCAGGUUGGCUCUCGAAGUCCUUCUAUGAUCAGCAAUGACUCAGAAACUUUAGAAGAAUGUAUGGUGUGUUCAGACAUGAAGAGAGAUACGUUAUUUGGCCCAUGUGGACAUAUUGCUACCUGUUCCCUCUGCUCACCACGGGUCAAGAAAUGCCUCAUCUGUAAAGAGCAAGUUCAGUCCAGAACAAAGAUUGAAGAAUGCGUGGUGUGUUCAGACAAGAAAGCAGCAGUACUCUUCCAGCCUUGUGGUCACAUGUGUGCUUGUGAGAACUGUGCAAGCCUGAUGAAGAAGUGUGUGCAGUGCCGGGCAGUGGUUGAGCGGAGAGUGCCUUUCAUUUUGUGUUGCGGAGGGAAAGGUACAGAAGAUACCGCUGAUGACAUUUCAAGUGGAAACAUUCCAGUUUUACAGAAAGACAAGGACAACACCAAUGUCAAUGCAGAUGUACAGAAGCUGCAGCAGCAGUUACAAGACAUAAAGGAACAGCAGACCAUGUGCCCUGUUUGUUUGGAUCGUCUGAAGAAUAUGAUCUUUCUCUGUGGCCAUGGAACAUGUCAGCUUUGUGGAGACCGAAUGAGUGAAUGCCCUAUAUGCCGCAAGGCUAUAGAACGAAGAAUCCUUUUGUAUUAAACAAUAAAACAAGUGUCUUCUGUUAGCUUAUCAAAUUGUCAGUACAUUUUGGUCAUCAAAUCUCUGUAAGUUUGAAAGGCACUUGAAGGUUCUAAUGAAAACAUUUCUAAUACUGCAGUGCAUAUGUGCUACAUUGUAAUUGCUUAAAGACUAAACACAUCAGAAAAGAAAACAGUAUUUGAACAGUCAACUUUUAGUUGUACUAUCAAGAGAUAGCUAAGAUAAGGCUAAAUUAAUAAAGCAGUCUUUUCCCCUCACCCCCUUAAAGCACCAAGUGUAAAGGGACAAUCAUGAUUUUCUGUUUUGGUAUCUUUAAAGUUUUUAUAUGUACGUAUGGACUUUAAUAUCAGCCAUCAAGUGAUGUAGAUUUUGUACUGCCAGUUGCUUUCAAAUAUUUAUUUUUUUUAGCUCAAGUUUGACACCUCUUCAGCUGUGUUCAGCAUAUACUCAAUUGUCAAAUGACAGAAAGUUAUGCCUCAUAGUACUAUUGUCUUGAAAGUUACAGUAAUGCAAAAUUAGCACAAUAUAUCCAAGUAGUAUUCGGUACCAUACAGUUCCCAUAAGAUGACAUCAAAAUAUAACUACAUGGAUAACUUUGACUGUAAUGUGCCCUAUAUGCUCAGUGUGGAUUUAGAGGAGAAUGUCAGUGGAAAGAAACACAAAUUUGUUUUAGGAAUGGUAUGCCCCCAAAACUGUAUGUCAGUCUGACAAGAUCAAAUUAAACUAAAUAAGGAACUUCUUAAUCCUGUUGACAAAAAAAACCCAACUAAUAUAUAGAAUUGUGAGAGGAGAGUACUGAUUGUUUUUCUUUACAAGGUAUUUAAAAAAUAAAGUGUAGAUCAGUUAUCAAUUUCACACCUAAAGAGUGUAGUUGAUUGAUUAAAAUAUUUGGGGAACAAGUGUAUAACCAGAGAGUAGGGAAAUUAUGGGUCUCAUGAUCUAAGGAAACUGGUUGGUAUAUUUUUCCUUUGAAUUUUGUAGAAAGCAGCUUUAAAUCAUCUUUUCUGUUGUGGUCUGUGCAUUUUUUACAUAAAUCAGUGUGGUCUAUUAAGCCAGUCUUACAGAAGAAUUAUCAACAGCAACGGAGGUAAACUAUAUAUUGCCCGUUCAUCUCAAUGGGGGUAUUAAUCUCAGAGCCCAGCAGAGACCAUUUAAUAGCUAAUAUUAAGCAAGAAGUGAUGAUAAGUCUGUGGGUUUCCUGACACAUGGAUAUGCUACUUGAAACUGGUUGUUGGAGUUAGCUAGGAUUUGUAUUGCACUUAUAGAUACUCUUGGCUUUUUGACUACUACCAGCAGCUCUAAAACAUAAGUAAGAGCACAAUCCAAAUGUUCUUCGGGAUUUGGUGGUGGGACCGUAGUCGGGAUUUCAGGAAAGGAGUUAAAUUCAAAGCUCUUACAGCCAAAUGAUGGCAUAUAAAAGCAAUUGAGUGAGCAGUUACCUGAAUUACUGAUUGAGUAGAAUACGAAAUCAGUGCUUGCUGUCUUUUAGCCCUGAUUUGGACAAUUUCUUUCAAGGAUUGUGAAAUACACAAUGGAUUCAGUUAGGUGCCUUAUUUGCAGAUAACACUGGUCUCCUUCAUUUAACUCCUGUUACACGUAGCAGGGACAUGAAAGUGGGAAUUGGUCUGGGGAGGAUCAAGAUGAGAAUGAAGUGAUUCAUAGUCUGCAUUCUUCACUUGGAAAAUCACAUGCUUACACAAUGCACAGUCUUCUGAAGUUUGUGAUAAGCUUGUGUUGAUUUUUGGAAUUCUGCAGACUUCAGCCAAAAUCUCAGAAGAAAUUACCAAUGCUUUUUAAGGAUUGAUCAUGCAGUUAGAACACCUGUAUGGUACAUAAUGCAUUAGCUGACAAAACAAUCUAUGCCCCAAAAUUUCUGCUCCAACAGGUAAAUGUUCCUUGCUCUUUUUAACUUGGUUUUGAACAAUCCAAUCCAGUAUUCUUUGUUCUGAUGUUCCAGCAGUCAUAUAUAUCUCACUCUGUGUUUGGUCAUUUACAUAGCUUUCGGCUUUGCUUGGUGCUUUGAGUCCCUAUUCUGAAACAGGCAGAUCCCAGUAGCUUCUAUAUAAAAUCUUUGGUUGUUAGUAAAUCUUGUCCUCAGUUUAGCAGUCCCACAAUUGGUUUAAUUGCUUUAGCUCUAGGAAUUUUAUAUACUUUUGGAGUUGCAGCCUGGUUAGCUGAGGUUUUUGAAUUCCAGUCUGAGAGAAUUGGGAGAAUUCUUACAUUCUGUGUUCUUGUGUAAUCAGAAUAAUUCUGGUACGAUUUUCCCAUGUUUUUGGGGAAAUGAUUUGUUAGCCCAUUCCGCAUCCACUGCAGAUUUUUCCUUGCUUGACAUAAGGGUCACCUGGCUUCUGUGGCUGGUGUUGCACAGUAGGACCCUUUGGCUUCAUGUCCCCCUGUCAACCGUUCUCCAAAAGAACUGGUUCUCUCUAAUAUGGCAUGACAUUGGACCCCUCGCUAUGAAUUUCAUUCUCUCGGAUCAGGUCUGUGACGUGGUUUUUAAUCCAGGGCAGACACAUUUUUGAACAUUCAGCUUUGGAACAAGCCAAUGGUAAGAUCCUAUUUUUUCAUGCAAUUUUCAGCUGUUUAAAUAGUCCGAAUUAAAUCUUGUCUCUACUAAAGUCAGUGGGUGUUCAUUUCAAUGGGACCAGGAUUUCACCCUCUAUCAUGUCUUAUGUGCCUGAUCUUUUCAGGUUGUCUGAAUUAAUUUGAUCAAAUGUUACCAUCUGAUGAUGCAACCGAUACUUGAACCAAAUUUUACAGGGCAUUAAGUAUUUUCCUAAAGGACUAAAUUAAGGCAUCCAGGGUAGCAAUGCUGAGCGUACUUCAUCUGUGGGGAGCACAGAUGUCAGGUGAUAGAAGAGUUCAGUCAGAGGCCAGGUGUGCCUGUGAUAGAGGAGUUCAGUUCACUGUUUGCUUUAUAUUUUUCAACAGUUCCUCAGCUACAAAACUAUAGCUGCUAUAAGAUAGCCAUAGAUUGUGUGUGUGUGGGCCCACACACACACACAGCUCCAAGAGCUGUCCUUUCCACACCAUGGUCCCUGGUUUGUCCCCAGCAACACAUACAGACCUCUCAUUAUACAUUUCUUUUUUUGUAUUCAACUUGGUUGAGCAGUGUUGCAUGCAUGAUUCCAUGUCAGAAAUGUAACGGUAUUAUCACAGAUUCAAGCCAAAUAGUUUAAUUAGACAACUACUUUUUAAAUGAAGUAAUUAAGCAGUUUAACUUUGUAGCGCUUAUUGUUUAAGGUGCUAGUAUUGGCAUUUUGUUUACAGGUGAGAGUUUUAUCCCAAUUGACAUUAUGAAGUCAGAUCUAGUACUUUCAAAAUGAUUUGUAAUUGAUUUUAAGAAAUGUUUGCCAAAACAUUGUAGCAUAUGUAAAUAGAUCUUUAGACUUGUACACUGUCUCUUCAGAUUGUAAUGUAUGUUAAAGCUAAAGAUUUAGGUAGCUUUGAAGAAACCAGCUGUAUCAGACCAUAUUUAUACAGUAUAUUCACGUCACUUAGCAACAGUAUGUCUGCAGCCUGAUAUUGUCUGAAAGGCUUGCAUAUUUCUAUUGGAUACCUUUGUUUUAAAACGGGGCGGAGGGGGGAUAAUAGGCUCAGAAGAUAGGUGGGGAUCAUAGCAAGUAGGGAAAGAUGAGCAUGGGUCAGUGUAUGUCUGUGAGUGAAUCACUGUACGGAUUUUACUGAAACAGGGAACAAAUACUUGAUAAAGAAUCAGUAAAUAGACAAUUAGAUUUAAUAUACAUUUUUGAGAAUUGCAGAUAUCACUUUUGUUAGAACAAUUCCCCAAUAUUAAAAGUUGUUUGGGAAUGGAAUUGGUUGGAGGAGCUUCUUCAAUGACUUAUUUCUUGACAUACAGUCAAGAAGGUAGCUACAUUAUAGUUUAUUAUUUGGGUGCAAAGUAUGCUCAAAAGUUUGCUUGAACAUCUUUCCUUUCUGUUUGGUAAUCAGUAAGAUUAAAUUAGAGAUGGCUGCUAUACACAAUAGUAUUGUAAAGGAACUAUGAAUAGACCUUAAUUUUAAAUUUGAGGGGUCUGUACAGUAAGCUAGAUAGUUUAAAGAUGUCAGAACUUAAUCACUUAACUUUCCAGCUAUUUUUUCCUCCCAAUAAUGUACCAUGACUUUUCAGGCCCAUUACUUAAAGAUAUUCAAUAUCUCCUGCUCUACAUUCAAGGCAUUUGGCACUUUGCAGGAUUUGAGUCACAGCUAUGUGCUUUCCUUUUUUUUUUUUUUUUUUUUUUUUGUUAAAAUACUAGUUAAGUAGUUCUAGAUUAGUUUAGGACAAAUUCCCAUUUAAGAAAAAAUGGGUACCAAAAAAAAAAAAUUAAACUGGAAAGGUAAUAAACACAAGUUACUUUGUAAAUGUGAAAAUUCCUUCAAAAACUAGUUUAACUAUAAACUUGAGCCAAAUUGGAAUAUAGAAAAGUUUUGAGUGCCUUGUUAACAUAGUCUUAAAAAUGUUUUCAAUCUAGUUCUACAGACUUGUGAAACUAGCUUUUUAAAAAGAAUCUGAUUUGAUCUUGUCUUUAUGUUGUGAUAAGAAUAUUCACUGAUACUGUGUAGAUAUUAUCUAGAGAUGGAGUUUUACUAAGGUAUGCCUAUUUAUUUAUA